GGGCCGUUGGCCGAGAAUGACUGCUAAACAAAGAACGCCAUUGGCCGGCGAGCGCGGCUCCGAGGCCGUAAAUGAGUGCUAGACGGUGGAUUUUAUGGUCAUCAUACCAUUGACGUCCUGUAUUUGAAUAAGUUAUUAUUUUCAUCUGUGACUUACGUUCUAACAUCAAGAAACACGUGAGAGUACCGUUAGGCUGUGAUUGUGAGUGUGGUGCGCGCUGGAGUGAAUUGGAGUGCGUCUGAUAAUGGAAAGUCAGCAAUAUGGCAUGGGCUAUGGGAUGCAGCAGCCUCAGGUGGACCCGAACUCUCAGCAGCAGCAACAGAAUAACGGCGAGUCCGAGCCGCGGAAACAGGACAUCAACGAAAUUCUGCAGCAGAUCAUGACCAUCACCGAACAGAGCUUGGAUGAAGCUCAGGCCAGUACGGAAUUCUCUCGAAAGCACACAUUGAACUGUCAUCGAAUGAAGAAUGCCCUCUUCUCCGUCCUGAUGGAGAUCAAAGAGAAAACAGUGAUAAACCUGCGGAACACACAGGAGGAGGAGCCGCCCGACCCGCAGCUGAUGCGACUCGACAACAUGCUCAUCGCAGAGGGGGUGGCCGGCCCCGAGAAGGCCGGAGGCGCGCAGGCGGCGGCCAACGCCAGCGCGGCGGCCGCGGCAGGAGGCGCCUCCGCAGAGGGCACCAUCGAGCACUCCGACUACCGCGCCAAGCUCGCCCAGAUCCGCUCCAUCUACCACCAGGAGCUGGAGAAAUAUGAACAGGCAUGCAACGAGUUCACAACACACGUGAUGAACCUCCUUCGAGAACAGUCGCGGACACGGCCCAUCACGCCCAAAGAGAUCGAGCGUAUGGUGCAGAUCAUCCACAAGAAGUUCUCCAGUAUCCAGGUGCAGCUCAAGCAGUCGACGUGCGAGGCUGUCAUGAUCCUUCGCUCACGGUUCCUCGACGCCAGGCGAAAGAGACGAAACUUUACCAAAACCGCCACCGAGGUGCUAAAUGAGUAUUUCUACGCCAACUUGAGCAACCCUUACCCCACGGAGGAGGUCAAGGAAGAGCUGGCCAGAAAGUGUAAUAUCACGGUGUCUCAGGUUUGCAAUUGGUUCGGCAACAAAAGGAUAAGAUAUAAGAAGAACAUCGGCAAGGCCCAAGAGGAAGCCAACCUAUACGCAGCGAAAAAAGCGGCAGGCUCGUCACCGUACAGCAUGGGCGGCGCCGGCACGCCGGGUCCCAUGAUGUCGCCUCCUCCCGCCGACAUGGGCUACAACAUGUCCAUGAACGGCUCCCAGUACAACAGUCAGAGCCAGGGCGGCUAUUCCGACUCACAACCGGGGAUGGGCUACUAACGGCGCGUCGUCAGCCCACCGAGAGUCUGACAGCGGCGUGAUCGUCCGGUGGAAGACGCGGUGACCUGAGGCUGCUCUGAAUCCGCAGCCCGCCGAGGGUCACCGUGACCGGCCGCCGGGGUCGCGCUCUUCUCGCUCGUGGUGAACGCUCCCCGUGCCGUGCCGCGUGUUCUCCCCGGUCUGACAGACUGCUGGACAGUCCGGACUGAGUCAGCCGGUGGGAGGCACGGCCGGUCGGCAGGGGCAGCCCCACGACUCGGACAGCCAGGCCCGCGGACAGUGGAGUCUGCCAGCCGACCGGGCGGCGCCCGGCGAACCGGCGGUGAACUGUGCACCCCGGAAGGGUCAGUCAGCGAACUGUGAGGGCCUCCGUGGCCCGAUGGGUGGACCGUGAACUCCAGUUGGGUGGCCAGUGAUCGGGGGACACGCGGGUCGAACUGAGCGGGCCGGCGUCCCGCGUCAUCAGUGACCUGAUCAGUGACAGUGCUGGACGGACCGCCGAGCUCCCACCGUCGGAGGUUCCUCCCCAGACUCGGCCGGGGCCGAACAGCCGCCGAUCACACCGCUCUUCAUUUGUAAUGCCCUGCUGCGCCGGCGUGGCUCAGUUCCGUUGCGCUGUUUGCUCGUGUGGCCAGCCGGCAGUUCGCUCUCAUGCAUGGAUAUUACGUUUCGGCGGUGCCGCGCGCGCCGUACGGCCCGGGCCCGGAGCCGGGCCGCGGCGGCGCCGACCGCCGGGGCGCGGCCGCGGCCGAGAGGUUUUGUUCAAAUUGUGAUUUUCCGGGAGCGGCGAUCCCUCCCGGGAGCUGUUACGUUCUCGGCUCUGCCGCCCCGGUUUUGUAUCGUGUAUACUCAUUAUGUACCGUAUUGUACGUGCCCCAAUAAAUGUGUCCACGUUUUGUACAAACGUACAUAGCAACCUCACAUCUGAGGGCCCCCGUGCUGCGUAUGAAAGUGACUGUGUUGUGAAUGUGUGCUGAGAAGUAGAAAGAAAGUAUUCUCAAUGCUUGCAAA